CCACCUCGUGAUACCAAUCCAGUGCUGGACGACGUGCUCGCCCCUCGGAAGCACCUACAUCUCCCUGGCUUCGAGGAGGUAGAGAGGCUGGCUCUCCUGCUAAUCCAACUAGCCGACGAUUCGGACGAGCAUCUGAUUCCACCUGAACUUCGUCUCCAGAUCAUCGCGGCAGCUGCAGCUCUCUCGGACCAUGACAAAUCUUGUAAAUCAUUUGUGAAGAGGUAUGAGUCCAAAUGGGGCCAUACACUAUUUGGCAGAGUUCAUGGUCCAGAGUCACCACAAACCAGUGCAGCCCAAAAGACAAAGUUCGCGUGGAUGAGGUACGCUCAGGCAGCUGCCGUUACCGAGGAGUCGAGGUUGCUGUACGUUGUGAUCAAAAUGUUGAAAAAUCGACCCAAGGCCAGCUCCUUGUCAUCUCCCACCAAAAUUGCAUGCCUCGUAAGAGGGCAGUACAAACGCAUCGUCGAUCGGGUACGAGAUGACAGGAAGCUGGCAGAGGUGCCGAUUCCUCUACCGAAUAUCAAUGUUAAGUCCAUUACGGCUUUCCUCACCAGGGAAAAUAAGAGGAUGAACUUUCUGUCCACAGUUGUUCCCAAGGCUCCCAGUCACCGCCGUGUAAUGACGGCCAAGUCCAUUCCCGAUGCACCAUCCCUGCCUUCAACAUUGAGCAUGCCUGACAGGGAACAGGUUCAGUACCCGACGGUGCCUUUCGAGACGGGCAACAGGCGUGGACAGAAUAGGAAGUUAGACCUCAACACGCCAAUUGAUGAUCCAAUGCAAGCUCAUCCAUUGCCCACACUUGCAAAGCCAAUCUUGCCAAAAGCGCCAAUUCUGAUGGUAGUUCCAUUACAGCCACGUGCGGCAUCCUUGUCGUUUCAGCCUUCCACAUCAGCGCCUUUAAAGGUUACUCUCCCUCCUCCCCCACAGCCCAAAGCCAAGCCUAUCAUGCCAAACAAAUCAAAGAAACCGUGCGCAGCUUGCGGGGUAUUCAAUUGUGGUGGCGAUCGAAAACGGUACAUUCCGUCCAAAGACAAGGUGACAAACAGCACUCAGAAGUUAUUCACUUUCUGUCCCCGAACUCGCAAGUCCCUUACUCCAGGGUUCACGGAUCGUACCUACGACAGUUACGAUCAUUUCAAAACUGUCGUGGACUCUGAGCUUGCAAAGAGAACAUGA